GUAAAUACUCCGGAAAAGAAAUCGUUAGUUUGAGAAAUGGGUGCUGUCGCCUGAGAGCAGUACAAGAGAACAGCUCUAAAGACCAUGGCAACGUGAAAUGUAAUUCCACACUCUACAAGGCGAGUGGGGUGUAACCAUGGAUAUCAAAAACAACAGUUUCCCCAGUUAUAAUGAAUUAGAUGACUACCUUAACAGACACAACUCUAAUUUUGUGUGGCUUCUCGUUGCCACUAUUAUGUCAUGCGGAUGGAUCAUAUACCUGACAUACUACAAUUCCCGCAAUAUUGGACUCGUCCUCACCGUCAUCAUUAACCGUCUCUAUAAGAAUGGAUACAUACACAUCGGCUCAUUUUCAUUCUCUGUGCUGUCGGGCAAGGUUAUGUUCCGAGAUGUCUAUUUCGUCAAUGAAGAUAUGUCUAUCAGAAUUCAAGAUGGGUUACUCAUAUUUCGUUGGUGGCAGAUGUACAACCCCAAACAGAAACAACAUGAUCCGAAGGCUGAGACACGGCUCUAUGUCACCGUUAACGGAUUUGAGUUCCAUGUGUAUAAUCGCACGGAUCUGUACGCUCGGCUCCAGGAAAUAUUUGGCCUAGAGCCCACCCUUAUCCCACCCCAUCGGGAUGAGGAGAAAGGGCGAGAGCAAAGGGAUAAGUCCUUAGAGAGUGUUCAAAUCAAAGCUGAGGCCCAGGAACCGUCGUCUUCCUGGAGGUCUCUCAUCCCCGUCAUCAAAGUCGACAUCAGUACAGGUCGCGUAGCAUUUGGCAAUCACCAUCUUCCUCAAACCCUCUGUAUGAAUUUUGACGACGCCUUCCUGACAUAUGCCACCAAACCACCCAGCAGCCACUUGGAUCAGUUCAUGCACAUUGUAAAGGGUUCUCUGGAGAACGUCCGUGUCAUGCUGGUGCCCAGCCUGCGAUACCUGGGCCUUCAGAAUGAUGAACCUCCCAGGCUCAUGGGGGAGGGCUUUGUGGUCAUGCAGUCCAAUGAUGUGGACAUCUAUUACUACCAGGAUGAACCAGGUUUGGUCCCAGAGGAAGUGGAGAAUGGGGAUACAGAAGCCUGCUCUGAAGAUGCCAAAUUACAGGACUUGCCUCCAUGCUGGGGUUUGGACAUUGUAUGUGGCAAAGGAACAGACUUUAACUACGGCCCAUGGGCUGACAGACAGAGAGACAGCCUGUGGAAGUUCUUCUUGCCUGCAGACUAUCAGCCAAUGAAAGUGAGCGAUGUUGCCACACCAGGCAAACCCCGACAAAUCCUCGCCUUUGAGCUGCGUAUGAACAUCAUAGCUGAUGCAACAAUAGACUUGCUAUUCACCAAAAAUAGGGAGACUAAUGCGGUCCAUGUGAAUGUAGGAGCAGGUUCUUACCUCGAGGUCAACAUACCCAUGACUGUUGGGGUGAAUGGUUAUUCUCCCACUGUUAAAGGCCAGUUAUUACAUGUUGAUACAACCAGCAGUAUGCAGUACAGGACGUUGCUAGAGGCUGAGAUGCUUGCUUUUCAUGUCAUAGCCAGUUAUCCGCGUGUGUGGAAUAUGCCCCAGUCCUGGCAGUGUGAAAUCGAGGUUUACAAAGCCACGUACCACUUCAUCUAUGCACAGAAAAACUUCUUCACAGAUCUGAUCCAGGACUGGGCCAGCGAUAGUGAACCGGACAUCUACUCAUUCGUUCCAUAUUCAUGGAAAUUUAAGAUACUUUUUCACCAGUUUGAGAUGAUUUGGGCCGCCAAUCAGCACAACUGGAUCGACUGCUCCACCAAACAGCAGGAGAAUGUUUAUAUCGCUGCCUGUGGGGAAACGCUGAAUAUUGACUUCACUUUGCCCUUUCACGAGUUUGUCCCGGGCACCUGUAACACACGUUUCUGUUUGAGAGCUGAGGACACAGACAUGCGCUUGUGUCUGCCUGACUGUAACCCCAGCCGGUACCCGCUACUCACCCUUACUAAGGAUUACCAGCAUUACAAGACCCCUCCAGAAAACAAUAUGCCAACAGAGGGGCAAGGAGCACCUCCCAAAAACAGCAAACCUCGCUGGAGGAACAUGACUCAAGCGGCUGGUUGGGUGGACUGCUGGAGUGUGCCGAACUUCCUGCUCAUUAUAGACUAUACUUGGCAUCCCAUCUACCCUCAGAAAUCUGACCAGCAGCUCAAACAAUCAUUAUCAGAAAUAGAGGAGUCCAUGCUGUCAGCACUGCGCCCGCCAGAGCUCGCUCCACCUGUGCCUCCUCCACCUCGAAUCUCCUCUGACCCCAGCUUGCUGCCACCUGACAGGUUACAUGUGGAGAUGGAGCUGAGCCCAGACUCCCAUAUCACCCUUUAUGGUCCUCUCCUCAGGGCGCUGGUGUCCAUCAAGGAAAACUAUUUUGGAGAGGAUGACAUGUACACGGACUUUGAGGAGUCUCUGUCCAGCCCUGUGCUGAGCUCCUGCUCUUCAUCAUCUGGUUGGACCAGAGUUGGCCUGGAGGAGAACCGCUCUAAAGACGCCCCACAUCCUCUCUCCUUACGGCCCUGGGACAUCACCGUACUCGUCAAUCUGCACAAGGUCCAUGGACGCCUUCCAACGCACUGUAGCAGUGACGGCCCAGAGGGUCCUACGGGCUUCCUGGAGCGUCUGUGUUUUGAGAUGAAGAAGGGUUAUAAGGAGACCAUGCUACAGCUUGUUCUCUCGCCUCUACAUGUGUUUGUCAGCGAUAACUAUCAGCGGCCUACGGUUGAUGCUGUGUUGCGAGAUGGGCAUCUGAGCCUCUCAGGGUUGCAGAUGAGAGCCCACGCCAUGUUCUCAGGGGAGGGCUUACCGGCGGGCAGUGACACACUCGAAUAUGCUUGGCUCAUCGACGUUCAGGCUGGAGCUCUUACGGGAAGAGUUAGUGUGCCACAGUGUGCAUCUCUUCUGGAAUGGGGCGAGAGCUUUGUGUUUCAUGUACUGUCCCGAGAGUUCCAGCUUGAACAGCCAAAACCAUCUGUCACCUGCCAACAUGGAGUUGAUCGUAGAGUCUGUGAUGCCAAGAAUGCAGCCUUGCCUGGUCCCUGUCGCACAUCCGAGGAUCUGAAGUACACCAUGACUCGACUGACAGUUGAUGGAGCCCAGGUUUUCAUUGUUGAACACGGAUGUGCAGCCAAUAUUAAGACCGGAGCCUUGCGGUUGGCCACGUGUAAUCUGCACACAGCUGCUGUCGGCGAAGGCAUCAGUGCCGUUCUGCAAGACGUAGUUAUCGCUCAGUACAUCGAGCAACAGGAAGUUGCACGGCUUGGCCUCCCUCCGCCCCUCCUUCGGCGCUCUCAUUGGCUUGAAGCCGGUUCAGUGAACUUUAACCUCAUGACGGCUGACGUGGCUUUAGCCGCCGACCAUCCAGCCAAAUAUGAGGUCCAGAGGCAGUUUCUGGAGCUUCAUGACAUGAAAACAAAAAGGUUAAUGCAUGUAACCACUGAUGGUCCAAUCCCUGAGGGUCCACCAUUACGCUCUCCGCUGCGCUCUCCUUUAAAGCGCCAGUCCUCGGUCCAAUCGGCUCGCCUUGGGAGCACCAAGAGCCUAUCGGCUGCUGUCUUCGCAGAGAAAGCCACGCCUCCUACUGGUGUGCAGUUUAGUAGCGAGGUUUCCCGUAGCGACGAAAACGUUUUAGACUCGCCAAGGCAGAGAAGAAGCUACGGAGCAUUUCCUUUCACUCCGUCAGCUGAUUCCAGCACAUUCCAUCAAUAUCGCUCUGUUGACUCCUCCAUGUCUGUGGCUGACAGUGAAGCGUACUUUAGCGCCAAUGAGGAGUUCGAGCCAAUCAGUAGCGAUGAAGGUCCAGGUACCUAUCCAGGGAGGAAACGCAGAAGACGACAACAGGGUCAGCCCCACACAGAACACAGCCGCACCUCCAUAUACCACAGUGUGGAAGGACCUCUGUCGAUCGCUGAGAGCCGCCCACCCCCGAUACCUAGCCAUACCUCCCAAGCCUCAUUUGUCUCUGCACUUGGAUUGGAGGAGGAGGGAUCUGUUGAAACCGAGAAGGCGGACUGGCCUCUGACAACACAGCCACAUUUAAUGGCUUGUUACCAAUCUUACCUUGCACAUUAUCAUGUGUCAAACUGGACUGCUAAGCAGCCAACCAAUAAGAGAACAUCUAAGUCAUCACUGCAUCGGCCUCUUGACCUUGACACGCCUACAAGUGAGGAGAGCUCCGCCUCCUUUGACCAGUUGUCCACCCCUUCUUUUAAGAUGGUGAAGGCCGGUUUGUCUGCCAGUUCUCUAUUGGACAGAGGAGUUCAGAUCAUGGGCGAUAUAAAUAGCACACCUUACACACCCCUUGACAAGCGGGCGAUGGACAACACUGAUGAGGACACAAUGACAGAGGACUGGACCGUUGAUCAGCCUCUUGCCCAGACGAGAACCACCGCCAUUGUAGAGGUCAAAGGGGCGGUCAAUGUGGUCCUGACUCCUUUAGUAGCUGAAGCAUUAGACAGGUACAUUGAGUCCAUGGUUCACUUUGCCAGUAUUCGCCACCCUGCAUCAAUCCUGGAUGACCUGCAUGGGAAAGUGCUUAAUGAAGUGUAUCAGAUCAGUAAAUCCACUGUCUCUGAGUCUAGCACAGCGAAAGCAGAGCACAAAAUAUCUAAGACAGAGGGAACCACCCCUGGGUCUCUGAGCACACCGCAUGGACAAACCGAUCUGUCGAUCAAGCCUGACAAUGUGAAGAUAAAGGGUUUGCAGGCUAAUGUCACGGUCCCAAAGGUGAAUCUUUGUGUACUCCAGGCCUCCGUAGAAGAAGGUUCACCCUCCAAUAAGAGUGUCACACAUGUCUCUCUCGUGGCCUUGUGUUUUGACCGGAUUGCUACUCAGCUGCGCAUGAAUAGGGGUAUAGUGGAGGACACAGAAAAGCCCUCUGCUAUGAUGGAGAAGUACUCGUCUGCGUCUAAGAUGGCACCUCAGUCCAGCGGUUCUCUCCGCUCUAAUGCUGGGAUCGAGAAAGGCAAGGAGAUCGCAGCCAAACUCAACAUACAUCGCAUACACAGCCAACUCCGUGGCCUGGACUCAUCAGACCUUGGAGCUUGUGCCAUCACUGCCAUUCCUUUCAAGAAGUCUAAAGUUCUCUUCAGUUUGGAAGAAACUGAUGACUUUGUUUUAGUGGAUGAGACUGAGCCCUCCAUCUCUACUGAGCACGUCCCAGAACACACCCCUGACCAUGCCCGCUCUGGGGCCAGUCCUGAGAAAUGGGGUUGGAUUAUGUUUGAGUGUGGGAUUGAGAACCUCACUGUCAAAGGUGGGCGGCAGUCAGGGGCCGUGCUCUACAGUGCUUUUGGGGUGAUGGGGGAGGCCGACAACGGCGUCAGGAUUGGAGUCUCGAAAUCAAACGGUUCUAGUGGUUCUCAGACAGGAAGUGGCUACAGCACUGAUGUAUCUGAUGAUAACCUGCCCAAUGAUGGACAGAGCCCUACCUCUGAACCCAACAACAAUUCAGACUCUGACGAACAGGAUGAGGGAGUGGAGUCAGAUGAUCUGAAAAAGGACCUGCCCCUCUUGCCUCCGCCUCCUGACUCCAGCAGUAUGAAGCUGACUAUAAAGGAGAUCUGGUUCAGCUUUGCUGCGCCAACCAACAUUCGAUCUCAAGCUCCCGCCAUGUCCAGGCAGCUGAAUCUCCUGAGUACUGCGACCCCUGCGGUCGGUGCGUGGUUGGUUCCCAUUGACCAGCUGAAAUCCUCACUGCAGAAACUGGACAUGGAAGCCACACUACGUGUGUGCGCCGUCAUGGGCUGCAUUAUGACUGAGGCCCUUGAGAAAAAGAGUAUUCACAUUCCAUUUCGCAGCAAGUAUAACCGCGUCACAAAGCGAGCCCGAUAUCUUCACGAGAACCCGUCCUGCUUACUGUGCAAUAUUCUACAUCGCUACCUGCAGCAGGCCGAUUACAGCAUUAUAGAAGAGGCCACCAUGAAUGAUGGACUGCCUGCUCUGGUCACCCUGAGGAAAGGUAUGGUGGCACUUGCGCGUCAGUGGAUGAAAUUCAUUGUUGUCACUCAGGGCUUUAAGGCGGUUGGUUUGCCGCGUCCCAAUCAGCUUCCUAAGCCCAAAGAGCCAGACCCCACCGAGCCUGAUCAGACACAGGCGCCGGAUAGUGGUGCUGCCCUGCAGAGUGACACCAGCGCUGAUGGAGCCGAGUUUGAGUUUGAUGCGGGCACUGUAAGUGAACAUACAAUGCUAUUAGAGAGAGUAUGUAGUCAUCCUGCUCCUACCGGUAACUCUGCCCCUGUGACUGGAGUCGAGAUCAUAAGAAAACUGUCCAAAGCUCACGCUCACAACGAGUCUGGACUCAGGAUCAAGGGUUCCCACCCUUACCAGUCCCUGAGCUACACGAGUGGAGAUACAGCAGCUGAUUCUCCCGCUCAUGUCAGUCGGGCAGGGCUGCAGUCCAAUCAUAGCCCUAGGAAAGAAUCGUUGCUAAGCUACUUGACAGGAAGCAUCCACAGUCUGCACAACCUGCUAGAAGCAACGCCUCUUCGAGCAAACGAACAAACCGCAGCCAAGAGCACCUCCCUGACACGUACAAGCAACUUAGUGGGUGCAGACGUGUUAACAGAACACCCUCUUCUUUCGGAGCCGUUUUCUGUCAGCUUCUACAACUGGAUGUCAAACGCUGUUGGCACCCGAACAGGCGGCAACAUCCAGGACUCUCCCCUCAACCGCUCUCAACACAACAGCCUGCAGACCGGAGGAGUGCUUCCCACCAUUCCUUCUGCAUCAGAUUUUAACACCGUACUCUCCAGUGAUCAGAACACACUGGACACACACUCUCAGCACUCACACUCCCAGCACAGCACAAGUCAGGAGGACCUGCUUGAACAAGAUGAGACGAAUCUCUGCCCUGCAGCUGUACAGCUAGCUGACGCACAGGUUGUUUUUAAGCCUUUGUUGAGUCACAUUGGUAUCCAGCCCCAGGAUGCUCCUCCACUCAGUUACAAGAUGUAUUUUGGGGAGCACCUAUCCUUCAGCGGCACUCUUGAGUGUUUGAGAGCUGACAUUGUGGACUCUGACACCAGCAAAGAAAGGAAGAACAAACGAGCACACAGGCAGGGCAUGGUAAAUCUCCCCCCUCUUGAUUUCAAGCCUGCCCUGAUGAUUGAGACUUUCAGUUUGAAUGCAGUCGUGCUAGAGAAGUGCAUGUCAACCCCUCCCUCUGCCAGCGCACUGUCUUUCCACGAGCUGAGCCGGAGACCCCAGGCUAGCGUGCACUGCCAUUUUACCCUCGCUUGUCAGGCGAUCCGCCAGCAUGUGGAUAUGGCCCUUGUCCGCCUCAUUCACCAGUUCAGCACAAUGAUUGAUGACAUCAAAGCCACACAGACUGACAUCAAACUCAACCGCUACACUGCCGGCUCCUCUUCCCCCACGCCCACCAAGGCGCGGCCUUAUCGAGAGUUCCGCUCGUCUGAUUUCAGCCGUAGUUCUCGUGGGAGCCUGAACGGAGCUGCUCGACUGGGCACUCAGAAGAGCAAACGCACCGUGGUCGGGCCAGGCCUGGACACACUGACCAGGAAUCGAGAGCCUCGUGGAAGGGGGACGCUGGGACGUUCAGAGCGAAGAACGUCAAAAGUGUCGCGGAAAGGUUCACGCGACGUGGCGGAUCACAUGACCAUUCAGAUGGAUGACUCGGACUCCAUCACAGUGUCAGAACAGAGCGAGCCGUCGGCCGAGUGCUGGCAGAACAUGUACAAACUUCUUAAUUUCUACUCGCUCAUAUCAGACCCCACAGGCAUCCUGGAGAAGAACCAAGACAAUGCCCUCUCAGAGGGUGGGAGGAGUCCUGCGGAUCCUCCAUGUCGAUUGGUGUUUGAAUCGGAGGGCGAGACACCGCCAAGUCGGCUGGGUCGUAGGCGGAGUUUGGUAAGCUCUGAGCCCCAGCAUGUGACACUGAUCGUGUUUGGCGUUGGGAUGGUGAACCGCACACAUCUGGAAGCAGACAUUGGUGGACUAACCAUGGAGGCAGAGCUUAAGAAAAUACAUGGCAGUUUUACGUUAAAGGAGAAAAUGAAGGACAUUCUCCAUCAGAAGAUGACUGAGACCUGUGCCUCGGCCCAUAUCGGAUGUGUGAACAUUGUGCUUCUGGAAGGAAUCUCACCAGAUAUACAACUAGAGGAUUUUCCAACCUCACCUACCAGCACAACCAAGCAGGAGUUCCUGACUGUGGUGAAGUGUAACAUCGCAAAGUCCCAGGCUUUAUAUAGUGCCCAACGUGGGCUGAAGACCAAUAAUGCUGCAGUAUUUAAAGUGGGAGCUAUCUUCAUCAACAUCCCGCAACAUCCUGCAACGCUGCACAGCAUGAUGGUCCGCAGCUCCCAUCAGCUCUCAAAACAGAUUUCAGACCUCAUCCGUCAGCCCUCCAACAUCCCUCCUCCCAACCGAGAAGAGACGCCAACACCGCAGCCCUCUGAAGUGAGUGUCAAUCAAACUCCAGUGGAGGCCAGUGAGUUUCCUCAGCUGCCCGAGGGACUGGAGAAGAAGCCAAUCGUGUUGAAGUUCAGCGCUAUGCUCGAUGGGAUCACUAUUGGCGCAGCCCUGUUGCCCUCUCUUAAAGCAGAAUACAAGAUGGGUCGCAUGAAAAGCCAUGGCAUGACUGGUGCUCAGACGCGUUUUACUUUCGAACUGCCCAAUCAUAAGCUGUGUUUCCAGUCAAAGGUUUCCCCUGUGGACGUGUCGGCCAUGCCCCCCACUGCCAGCCUAAAUCUGCCUCCCGUCACCAUGUCAGGACAGUACAUUAUACAGGAGCACGAGGGCCACAGCGACGCAGCCUGGGCCCCAGAAUACAGCAACUAUCUGCAGGGAAAUUACUUGCGCUGUGUAGCUGAGAUUGGGUCUUUUGAACACAACUUGACCACAGAUUUGCUCAACCACCUAGUCUUCUUACAAAAGGUCUUCAUGAAGGAGGUCAAUGAGGUCAUCCAGAAAGUCUCAGGAGGGGAACAACCAAUCCCGCUGUGGAAUGAACACGAUGUGUCAACAGAUGACAAACCCAAAAUCCUGCUUUACUCUCUAAAUCUGACGUUUAAGGGGAUUCAAAUGACGGCCACCACUCCUUCAAUGAGGGCGGUGCGCUUUGAAACGGGCUGGAUUGAGCUUGAGCUGUCCAAUCGGGUUCAGUGCAAGACUACUCCCACAGGAAGUAACUACCUGAAGCUUUUUGGGAAAUGUCAAGUGGAUCUCAACUUGGCUUUGGGGCAAAUCGUCAAACAUCAGGUGUAUGAGGAGGCGGGGUCAGAUUUUCACCAGGUGGCGUACUUCCGCACUCGAAUCGGUUUGCGCAAUGCUCUGCAGGAGGAGAUCAGUGGCAGCUCGAACAAAGAGGCUGUCCUGAUCACCCUCAACCGUCCUAUUGUUUUUGCUCAACCGGUGGCAUUUGACAGAGCUGUGCUGUUCUGGCUGAACUAUAAGGCUGCCUAUGAUAACUGGAAGGAACAACGCUUGGCUCUCAACUCGGAUAUUCAUAUGGCCACAAAAGAAGUGGUAGACAAACUGCCAGCGAUACAGCAGACCAGCGCCCAGGCCUUCAGCACUCUCUUUCUACAGCUCACUGUCAAUGACCUGGGCAUCUGCCUACCUAUCACCAACUCUACACAGGCCAAUCACAGUAUUGAUUUUGACACUGGCUCAGCACUGGUGUUAACCAUCGAGAGUACACUUAUAACAGCCUGUUCCUCCGAGUCUCUGGUCAGCAAAGGACAUUUUAAAAACUUUUGCAUUCGAUUUGCUGAGGGGUUUGAGACAACUUGGGAUGACUGGAAACCUGAGAUCAGAGGAGAACUGGUCAUGAAUGCCUGUGUUGUUCCUGAUGGUACUUAUGAGGUUUGCUCCAGAACAACAGGCCAGGCCUCUGCAGAGAGCAGCAGCGCAGGGACGUGGACCCUUAAUGUCUUGUGGAAGAUGUGUGGUAUCGAUGUGCACAUGGAUCCCAACAUCGGCAAGCGUCUGAAUGCUCUGGGUAACACACUCACAUCUCUGACCGGUGAAGAGGACACCGAUGACAUCACAGACCUCAACUCGGUCAACAUGGCUGACCUGUCAGACGAGGACGAGAGUGACGGCAUGUCUCCUCCCAUACACAUGUGUCCUGAAGGUGAUCUCAGCCCCAGACUUUCGUUCAGGAAGCGGCUGGUGAACAGCAUUCUGGGCAUUAGCCCCAGCCCCCCUCCCCUCUCACCUUCUGAGUGUCGUAAUAUUUCUCCAUCAUCCACAAUCACUCGGCUAAAGUCGAGAAGUGUUCGCCUGACAUCCUCAGCCAAUGCAGAACGAACUAGAAAUCCCAGACCCCUGUCCUGGGGCUGUGAGUCUGUUGACCUGCGCAGACAGGCAGUUAUGAGCAAUCAGAUAAUCGACGCUCGUGGACGGAAGUUCUCCAAGCGUCUGGUGGACAUUAGAGAACUCAAUGAGCAGGCCAAAGUCAUUGACGAUCUCAAGAAACUGGGUGCAAGUGAAAGCACCAUUAACCAGGAAAUCCAGCGCUACCAGCAGUUGGAAUCUGUCGCUGUCAAUGAUAUCCGCCGAGAUGUGCGCAAGAAGCUGCGGCGCUCCAGCAUGCGGGCUGCAUCUUUGAAAGAUAAAUGGGGUUUAGGGUACAAGCCCAGCUACAGCAACAGCAGGUCAAAGAGCAUCUCAACAACAGGCAGACCAGCAAUGAAGAGGUCGGAUAGACCCAGGGAUGAUCUUCCCGAUAUCAAAGUGGACUCAGCAUCUCCAGCACCAAGGGUUACCUUCAACAUCGACACGAUGGAAACCCCAAACCCAAUCCCCAGUCCAGCUGACUCUGUAUUUAAGUUCCCGGAGGAGACAGAGGUGGACCUGUUGUCUGUCACCAUUGAUGAUCCUGCCCAUUACCCAUCAUGCUCAGUGUUCAGUGCCCCUGGCACACCAGCUGUCUUUUCACCAACCAUUCCCUUCCAGCCUGAUGACAGUCGGCGGGACGACCUCUCCUCGACUUCAUCAGAGGACUCGGACAAAGAUGACGAGUUUGACAGGGAAAGGGCGCAGAGCUAUUAUCGCAGACCAGGGGGCUCUCAGAGGAAAUCAUCUGCACUUUCUGCAUUAUUCAGCGAGCGCUGGCCCAACGCAGCCCCUCAGCGUGGAGGAUUAGCUCCGCCCACUGAACGGAACAUUGACUUUGAGCUGGACGUGCGUGUUGAGAUUGACAGCGGCAAGUGUGUGCUGCACCCCAGCACCCAGCCACCUGAACAUGAAGAUCUCGCAGUGAGGAGGAGUUGUGAGCGGAGCUCGAGGAGUCUGGAUCAGGACUCUCCUCCUAAGAAGCGAAAGCUGCAGCACAGUUUAGGCUCCAGCUCUCAUCUGCUGAAUGCUAAGCGAGUACCUACCUCUCUGCAGAGCAAGACCAGUGACAUUGAGACCACUGUCUUCUACAUCCCUGGAGUGGAUGUUAAGCUACAUUACAACUCUAAAAUGUUGAAGACGGAGUCGCCCAUUGCCUCGCGUGGAUCUUCCCUUCCCAGAACCCUUUCCAAAGAGUCCAAACUGUAUGGUAUGAGAGACUCACCCGCACCAGCAGCCUCAGGCCCUGGAAAGACUAAUACACUCCUCCCUCCCCCUCCCCCACCCCCUCCUCUCCCUUCAGCUAAAGGUAAACCGAGUGUAGGGGUGAAGAUGGCUAAGCUAUAUGCAUGGGUAGCCCUACAGACAUUGCCAGAGGAAAUGGUCAUCAGCCCAUGUCUGCUGGACUUCCUGGAGAAAGCGCUGGAGACAAUUCCCAUCACACCAGUCGACAGGAACUACACCCUCAAUGUUCCCGAGGAGGAUGUUGGUCACUUUGAUUCUGUGGAUCCUUUGGAGGAGUCUCAGGUGUCUCUUGUGUCUUCUGCUGGAAAUUCAUACUCCUCCUUCCCUGUGGAUGUGGUAGUUUAUGUCAGGGUGCAGCCAUCUCAGAUCCGGUUCAGUUGUCUCCCCAUGUCUCGAGUGGAGUGCAUGCUGAAACUUCCCUCUCUGGAUUUGGUAUUCUCAUCCAAUAGGGGUGAACUUGAGCCCACCAGCGCCACCCAUCCAUCAGAGGGCCAACACACACCUUCCUCCACACCUCCAUCGGUACACAAUGCCAACAGAGUACCUGGAAGCAAAGGUCCAUCUACAGGGUUAGGCAGUCCUCUGGGGCGGAGUCGCCACCACAGCAGCCAAUCAGAUCUGACAGGCCAACCGAUUAACUCAUCAGGUCUGAGUUUCACUGCCUGUAUGUCAGAUUUCUCACUGUAUGUGUUUCAUCCUUAUGGAGCCGGCAAACAGAAGUCUGCAGUUACUGGCCUUCCACCUGGACCAGGACCACUGGGAGCAGUGGACGAAGAGGCCUCUUCAGUGACGGGCAGGAAAGAUUCUCUCUCCAUCAACUUGGAGUUUGUGAAAGUCAGUCUUUCCAGGAUGAGACGUACAGGAUGCCCUGCAUUUAUUGAUACUUCUGUUGCUAGCAAGGGUGGGAAGAUGGACACCACUCUUAUCAACAUCUCAGCGGUGUGUGAUAUCGGUUCUGCAUCCUUCAAGUACGACAUGAGGCGUUUGAGUGAGAUUCUUGCAUUCCCACGAGCUUGGUACCGCAGAAGCAUUGCCAGGAGGUUAUUUCUAGGAGACCAGACCAUUAACUUACCAGCCUCAGGUCCUGCCACGCCAGAUUCUGUGGAGAGCAUCGCACAGCACCUGUCUCCCGAAUCCAGCCGAAAAGCGUACUGGAGGACGUGGGACGGCCAAACCACUCAACACCCCUCCGUCUUUACUGAUGCCACACCAAACCACGCACACCUCAAAUCACCCGCCACCGGACGUUCCCGCAGCGUGUCUGACUCUUCAGCACCGCGCAGAGACUCUGUCACAAAGACCGCCAUCCCGUCGUUUCGGAACGGAAAAGCAGCAGCAGCACAGCAGGGUUCGCCAUGGGAGACUCUGGUGGUGUUCGCCAUCAACCUUAAACAGCUUAAUGUCCAGAUGAACAUGAGCAAUGUCAUGGGCAACAAUACUUGGACAACAAGUGGGCUGAAGAGUCAGGGCCGUCUGUCAGUGGGAAGUAACAGAGAUCGUGAGAUCAGCAUGUCUGUCGGACUGGGUCGCUCCAAACUGGAUUCCAAAGGAGGAGUGGUGGGUGGCAACAUUGACGUAAACACACUGGAGAUGGUCUCCCAUAUUUCAGAACAUCCAAAUCAGCAGCCCAGUCAUAAGAUUCAGAUCACCAUGGGCUCCACAGAGGCCCGGCUGGACUAUAUGGGCUCCAGCAUAUUAAUGGGUAUCUUCAGUAACGCUGACCUGCAACUACAGGACGAGUGGAAGGUGAACCUCUGCACGACUCAGGCCAGUCUAUCUGAGAAAAGUGAGAUCUUUGUACAUGGAGACCUGCAGUGGGACAUAUUCCAGGUGAUCAUCUCCCGCUCCACCACCCCUGACCUGAUAAAGAUCGGCAUGAAGUUGCAGGAGUUCUUCACACAGCAGUUUGACACCAGCAAGCGGGCCCUGUCCACCUGGGGCCCGGUGCCCUACAUUCCUCCCAAAACCCCGGUCAUCAACAUGGACAAAGGAGCAGCUGAACUCUAUAUGGAUGCAGCUCAUCACAGACAUUGGCCCAGUGUGCUGAAGAUGGUGGCUGGAUGUCACAUUUCCCUCUUCCAGAUGCCACUCCCAGAGGAUGCUGUGCAGCUGGGUGGCUCGAUGAGUCUCCAUGGCAACCACAUGACUCUGGCUUGUUUCCAUGGUCCCAACUUCCGUUCCAAGUCCUGGGUGCUGUUCCACCUGGAAGAGCCAAACAUCGCCUUCUGGACUGAAGCACAAAAGAUCUGGGAGGAUGGCUCCAGUGAUGAUUCUACAUACAUUGUUCAAACCCUUGACUUUCACCUUGGGCAUAAUACCAUGGUAACCAAGCCUUGUGGUGCUCUGGAGAGCCCAAUGGCAACCAUCACUAAGGUUACCCGCCGUCGUCAUGAAAACCCCCCGCAUGGGGUGGCUACAGUCAAAGAGUGGUUUAACUAUGUCACUGCCAUGAGGAACGAAGAGCUGAACUUGUUGCGUAACGUGGAUGCAAACAACUCAGAAAGCGACGCAGCAGCAAAGAACUCCAGCCUUCUGAGCGGCUUCAGGGGCUCCUCCAGCUACAACCACGAAACCGAAACCAUCUUCGCCCUUCCCAAAAUGCAGCUCGAGUUCAAAUCCAUUCAUGUGCAAGACCCAGAGGAACCUUCUCUCAGUGAUGCCGGCAGUAAGCCUAAAGUGGAGUGCAGUGUGGUCACCGAGUUCACCGAUCACAUCUGUGUCACCAUGGAUGCAGAGCUCAUCAUGUUCCUGCAUGACCUGGUGUCCGCAUACUUGAAAGAAAAGGAGAAAGCUCUCUUUGCCCCGCGCAUCUUCGCGUCUCGACCUGGUCAGAAGAGCCCCACCGCGCAGCAGGAUGAAGCGUCAUCAGAGAAGAAGGAAAAUGAAGAGGUGGUGAACUACACCACAGUGGACUGGAGAGAGUUCCUCUGCAACACAUGGCAUCUGGAGCCCACACUACGGCUGAUCUCGUGGACGGGCCGUAAGAUUGAUCCGGUGGGGGUGGACUACAUUUUGCAGAAGCUGGGAUUCCACCAUGCCAGGACUACAAUUCCCAAGUGGCUGCAGAGAGGAGUGAUGGACCCUCUGGAUAAAGUUCUGUCCGUUCUCAUCAAGAAACUUGGCACGGCAUUGCAGGAUGAGAAAGAGAAGAAAGGUCAAAGAGACAAAGAUGAGCAUUAACUCAGACACUUCAAUGUAUUAAUACAUUUCCGCUACCAGGAGCCAUCUUUUCUUUUCUUUUUUUUUAACCCUGUCUGAAACCACUGGAUUUAUCGCAAACUACUGUACAGCACUCACAAAUGCAUCACAGCCAUUGCUAUACUGUGUGAACAUUAAUGUUUGCCCUGGUUCAUAUGGCUAUUACUCUUGGGUGACUGAAAGUGUUGUUUUUUUGUUGUUUUAUUUUAUACAUUUGAAUUUUCAGAUCAAUUAAAGAUUGGAUAGCUGCUGCUGAAUGCCAUUUGGAGUUUUAACAUGGAUUAAAUGCACUUACACGUUGCUGACACUAACAGAUGAGCUGUGAUAUUAAGCUACAGUAUACGAGUGUGCUCUUGAAAUCGGUUUACAUGAGUUCAGAGGAGCGAUAAGCAUCCUGUGUUCUUUCUCGAGGUGAAUAUACUGCUGAAUAUUGCCAAUCAGACUUUUUAAGUAGUUUUAUUUAACGUUUUAAGAGCAAACAAUACAGGUAACCGCUGACCAGGUGGUAAAGUGUUCUUUCAGCCAGCAGAGGAAGCGUGAACAUCCCUAUGCCUAAUUAUUCCUUUGAGAGUGACCAAAUUUUAUGCCUGAUCAUAACACAUUUUGAGGGAUGAUUUAGUGGUGAUGCCUCAGAUAUUCCUGUGAAUACACCAGAACCUCAGAUUGUGCUGUGUAAUGUGAACUGGCCUAUAAAGCAAGGCUCUAACUUAAAUAGACAAACAAAAUGUAAAUAUCUUAAAUGCAUAAGCUGUUACCCAUGUUAGGCCUGUGGUGAUAGUGUUUUUCCUUUUUUCAUAAGUGCAAUAGACCAUUAUGUACAGAGGUAAAUAUGUUCAAUGUGCUGAUUUCUUAACUGAAUAAAAUCAUUACUACUAAAAUGAA